AUGGUGUACAUAGGCCAUAUGUGGGGUAUCUCCUUGCUCCUGUCUCUGACUCUGGCUAUGAUGGAGGCCCAGCAGACAAACUACACCAGGCCUGUCUUCCACUGCGGGGGAUCGCUUGUGGCGGAGUCGGGAUUUGUCGGCAGUGAGGGCUUCCCAAGCCAUUACAAACCAAACAGCAAAUGCACCUGGGUCAUCACAGUCCCAGAAGAUAAAGUGGUGAUGCUCACCUUCCGCAUUUUUGACCUGGAGGCAGACUCGCAAUGUCGCUAUGACUACCUGGAUGUUUACAACGGCAAAUCCAACACGGUGCAAAAACUGGGACGUUUCUGUGGAACCUUUAGGCCUGGUGCUCUUAUUUCCACCACCAACACAAUGAUGCUGGAGAUGGUAACUGAUGAGGAGACACACGGUAGAGGGUUUGUGGCCUAUUUCAGUGGUGCCACGCCAUAUGCCGAAGAUCAGCAGUUCUGUGGGGGAAAGACAACAAAAUCCCAGGGAGAGAUCAUGACACCAAACUGGCCAAACAAAAAAUAUCCACCAGGAACCAGCUGCUCUUGGCUCAUCACUGUGGAGCCUGAUAAGGUAAUUCAAGUUAAAUUCGGUAAAUUCGUCUUGGAAGCGGAUACCUAUUGCCGCUUCGACUACGUGGCUUUCUUCAAUGGUGGCGAGAAAGACGACUCGCGUCUAAUUGGAAAAUACUGUGGAGAUCAGGCCCCAGAGCCCAUCGUAACCAGUGGCAAUGUGCUCCUGGUCCAGUUUGUGUCUGACCUCAGCGUGACAUCUGAUGGCUUUCUGGCCACCUACACAAGCUUUCCCCGCGGGACUGACACAUCUGUAGUGCACAGUGCCGGGGCCGAUACCAGGUCCGUUCCAGCAAGGCCUGCUGUAAAACCCGACGUACGUGUGCUCCCUGCGACUGCAGCUCCGCCACCUGUCACCACAAGCAAAUAUGUGCCCCCUCCUGCACCUGAACCAAAUGGGCGACCUGUCAGGCCCACUAAUGGAAAAGGGGCAGUUGCUCAAAAUCCACUGUGUGCCAAAGAAUGCAGAAGAAACGGAACUAUCAAGGCCAGUUUCUGUGCUAGUGAAUUUGUGAUAACUGGAAAGGUGACCUCCUUGGCCCCUGGACCCCGGGGCACCCUUCUCAUUGGGGUAUCCCUCAUUAGGACCUACAAAGCAGGUCAACUAACAAUCGCGCAAGUUGGAGAGACCAUGUCGGUUAGAUUGGUGUCACAAUGCAGGAAGUGCCCAUUGCUUCGCAGAGGUGCUAACUACAUCAUCAUGGGUCAAGUGGAUGAGGAUGGACGUGGAAGCCUGCAACCCGGUGCAUUCACAGCUCCAUAUAAAGCUCCACAUCACAAAUUAUUGACAAACAUUAACAACCAGCCUUGUUAA